AUGUCGCACGGCGAUUUGAUGAAAUCUUGAACUGAAUCAAGUUUUUGCUAUCGAAACCGAACUUUAUCUAAGAAUAACUCCUUAUCAAAACCCUCAGGACUUCGUUUCGAAAUCAAAUAUGCAAUCUUACCAGACUCAGUCAUGAGAAUUCCAGGUGGCAUAUCUUUUAAAGCUGGCAGUGCUUUUGAAGACCAACCCUUCUUAAAAGGAGAGAUUAUCAUGUACUCAACAACCGGAAAUCUUCAUACGUAUUUUGACGAAAUAAUUCCCAUUUACAAAAGAUUUCGGAUACCAACCUCUGAUGUUCUAGCUCCUCAUUUAACAACGAACCGUAUUUUGUUCACUGUUAAUUAGGAUUGAUAGUAAAAAAAUCCUUUAUUAAAUGUAGCUUAAGGAAAAAAGUUUGGUAAAAAACGUAACAUUUGCUCAUUAUUAAAUAGAGGGAUUAAAUGAAAAUCUUCUUUCAAGGGUCCCACACUCAUGUAUUUCUAUAAGCAACAAUUGUGUUAUCUGGGAGCACGCAAGUAAAAAAUAUGUUUUAAAUUUGAAUCCGUUCUCUAUAAAUUGUUAUUAUUUAGGGCAGCUUUACUUAACUGUAAACGGAAAUUCUUUAAUGAAUUUCGAACGAUAUCGGAAAAAAAAUGAAAAAAUAAUUGUUAAAAAUGCAAAAAAUAUUGGGGACUGUCCUAUGAAAAUUAUUGAUGCUACUGGGAUUUAUGAAGAAGUUGAUGGGGGGUUAAAAAUAGCUGAAGGUCUGUGAAGUGAGAAGUGAAAACAAUGGAUCGACCAUAAACCUAGAGGGCCAUGCAGUGUUGGGCUUGAUUUUGAGUUCGAAAAAGCCACUCAUCUAUUUGGACUAGCUGCACAUGCGAAUAGCUUAGCCUUACAAGAUACAGCUGAUGAAGCUCCAUAUAGGCUCUUUAAUUUUGACAAUUUUAUGUAUGAUUUAGGCUCCACAAAGCCAUUAUAUGGAUCAUCCACUUUUCUUUUAAGCAGAACAAAAAAUGAAGCUUCUGCAGGAAUAUUUUGGAUGAACAGUUCAGACACCUGGGUAGAUAUUUCCACUCAUGACUCAUAUAAGCGCACCCAUUGGAUGUCAGAAGCUGGCAUUAUGGAAUUCGUAUUAAUGGUUGAGCCUAGUCCAUUAAAAGUGAUAGAAUCGUUCACCAUGUUCACUGGGCCUCCUUCAUUUCCACCUCUUUAUUCUCUCGGCUAUCACCAAUCACGCUGGAAUUAUUCUCAAGCAGACGUAAAAGAAGUAUCCGAAGGCUUCGACAAGAACAAUAUUCCUCUAGACUCCAUUUGAACUGAUAUUGACUCUGUGGAUGAUUUUAAAUAUCUCACUUGGAACCAUAAGCUAUUCCCAAAUCCUAUUGAGAUCCAGGACUAUCUCAACUUAAAAGGAAGAAAAAUGUUUAUGAUUGCUGACCCUCAUGUAAAGAGAAGCUUCAAAUAUCCAAUCUAUGCUGAAGCCCACUCCAAAGGCUUAUUGGUAACUGAUAUUAAUGGCUACGAAUUCAUGGAAGACUGCUGGCCUGGAAAUGCAUGCUGGCUUGAUUUUUGUAAUAUAGAUACAAGAAAGUUAUGAGCUGAAUUCAUUGGAUUUAAUAAGCAUGAAGACUCAACCAGCUGCUUGAGCUUUUGAAAUGAUAUGAAUGAGCCAGCACUAUUUUUUGGACCUGAGAAAACACUGCCGAAAUGAACUCUGCAUGGAGAUUAUGAGCAUAGAGAAGUUCAUAAUCUUUAUGGGAUGUAUAUUCAAAGAGCAACAUACGAAGGAGCCUAUAAUAGAUCUUUAGGAAAAGAUAGGCCAUUUAUACUUGCAAGGGCUUUUUAUACUGGAAGUCAAAGAUAUGGAGCGAGGUGGACUGGAGAUAGCAGCGCUAUAUGGGAAUAUUUAGACUAUUCAGCUCCACUGAUGCUAUCUAUGGCUGUUUGCGGACUUUGCUUUACAGGUGGAGAUGUUGGUGGCUAUUUUUCAGAUCCUUGUCCGGAACUCUUUGUGAGAUGAUACCAGCUAGGAGCUUUUAUGCCCUUUUUUAGAUCGCAUAGUGACAAUUUAUCGAAAAGAAGAGAGCCUUGGAAAUUUGGGCAGCCUGCUUUAUCAUUAAUACGAGAAGCCAUACAAGACAGGUACAAGUUACUUCCAUACUGAUAUACUUUGUUUUAUCAAUACUGCUGCGAAGGAACUCCAGUCAUUUUGCCAAUGUUUGCUUUAUAUCCAGCAGAUGAUUUUUCAAUAACUCUUGAUAGACAGUUUCACAUAGGCCCUGCCUUGUUAGUUGUAUCAAUUAGUAAGCCUUUGCAGAAGAGCAUCUCUGUUUAUUUGCCAGAGGGAAGGUGAUAUGACUAUCAUACCUAUCAAGAAUGCGACCAUGGGAAUAUAUAUUACCAAACCUCAGAAUUUUGGAUUCCUUCUUUUAUUAAAGGGGGCCAUGCAAUACCUCGGCAAGAUACCCUAAGGUCAUGCUCGAGAGAUAUGUUUUAUGACGAUUACACCUGAAUAGUUGCUCUGGAUAGAAAUUUACAAAGUCAAGGACAAAUUUAUAUAGAUGAUACUUGUACUUAUCAAUAUAAAAGUGGCAAAUAUAUUUUUGCUACCAUGUCUUUUGCGAAUUUAUCAUUGAAAUAUCAAGUGCAUAAAGGUAUGAAUCUUCAUAAUUCGAUAUCAAAAAUAGUUAUACUGGGACUCUCAAAAAUUCCAGAGUCUAUUUUUGCAGAUGAUAGCAGCGAGGAAAAACUUUCUAUUCCUUUUUCUGUUUUAGAUGGUGUAAUCACUUUGAAAAAUUGCCCAUUUCAUAUUGAUGAGCCUUUUACUCUCAAUUUCUAUUAA